AUUGAUUUCAGUUGAAAUAGUUAAGUUUAUGUAUGGAAAAAGUGUUUAAUUUUACGAUUUCAAAUAAAUAUAUAAGAAUUUUAAAAUGAAUCAACAAAAAUUUAUUGUGUCCACAACUGUAGUCUCCUUAUUGGCUUGUAUUUCCUAUAUAGUGGCCUUAAGUACCGAACAUUGGUUGGAAGCUACUGCUGUUUUAACCGAUCGUUUGCAGAGCAAUGUGACUUAUGGUUUAUUUAGUGGUUCCAUAGAGCGUCAUCAAUUGGCCUCAACUUUGAAAUUCUCAUUAACUGUUGUGUGUCAUGUUGACUUAAAUGCCUGCAUGUAUAGCUGUCAAAGGGACGCUGAUCAUAGACAAGAUGAAUUAAGGCGAGUCAUACAUGGCCAAGAUCUAGAUCCGUGCGAACAAAGGCGUUUCUUUAAAGCCAAACCGUAUGUGAAUGACAGCACCACGUACUCCCAUGACUCAACAAAAACUUCUAGCAAGCACAAAAAUACUCCAAUCCAAAAUACGCCAGCCUAUAUAUCAGCCUCUCUUUAUAUCUGUAGUGUUAUGUUUCUCUGUCUGGCAUUCGCUUUCUCUCUUACCUCCCUCAUUUGUUCGGCCAUCAAUUUGAAAUGGCAUCCUGUUGAACGUAUUUUUAACAUUUUCGGUCUGUUUGUAUGGAAUGGUAUUGCAAUUGUUGGUUGCUUUUGGUCGUUGGCUUUCUGGAGUGCAUUAUUUGGCAGUCAAUUGCGUUAUAAUAUCGCCAUAACGGAUACUUUACGUCAACAAUUGAAGUUUACAUCUGAAGGAUAUGCCAGCUUAGGUUAUUCUUACUAUUUGGUAAUUGUCAUCAUGGUGCUGCACAUCAUUAAUCUUGUUUUGUUAUUCAUACGCAACUAUAGUAUUAGCAAGCAACCGCAUCAGGUCCCAAAUAAUAUAACAAUAGAUGAUACAGAUGCUAGAUUAGAAUUUUAUUGAAAACCAGUCAGCUAAAAAGCUGACAUUUUUAUCGGUAAUGAUUAUAAAUAUAGACAAGUUUUUAAAAGGAGUCAUAAAUAGGUACAUAUGUAUAUUAAUCCCUAGAUUCAAAACCAGUAAUGGAAUAUUUCAUACAUACAUUUCACACAUUA